AUUGUCAAACUCACUUUCUCUUCUUUCAAUUUAAAUUCCAUCGUCGUCGUCGUUGUUUGUCUUUUAAAGCAGCGCUGUUCUUCCACAUUCCUUUCCAACCCCAGGAGGACAAUGGCGGACCAUGAUCUUACCUCGCCCUUCCUCCCAUCUCCGCCGUCCGAUCAUCCCCACUUGAUCUUAGACGUCCAAGACAACGACCGUCUUAACCAUCACCAUCAUCAAGACCAAGAGCCGUCGAACCGAGUCGAUCAUUUCAAUCUCUGCAAUCAAAAUUGCGUUCGCUAUGCUUGUAAUGAUGAUAACCAAUUGGAUUCUCGCAACCCGUAUGGGUUUAUUGGGUCAGAUUGGUUCGAGGUGCCCCGGCAACCGACGGUGAACCCCUUCCGGAACCAUACGAAGGAGAUCGAUGGGGUCUACGAGUGGCUCAAAAUUCUAAUUAUUUUCCCUAUUAUGAUUGUUCGGCUCGUUCUGUUUGGAGUUUGUCUUGCUGUGGGAUACUUGGCCACCAAAUUAGCUCUUGCGGGUUGGAAGGAUAGGCAGAAUCCCAUGCCCAAAUGGAGGUGCAGGAUUAUGUGGGUAACUAGGUUUUCGGCUCGGUGUAUUCUCUUCACAUUUGGGUAUCAUUGGAUUAAACGGAAGGGGAAACCUGCUCCUAGGGAAUCAGCUCCUAUUGUUGUUUCUAAUCAUGUAUCAUACAUUGACCCUAUUUUCUAUUUUUAUGAAAUGUCUCCUACCAUUGUGGCAUCGGAGUCCCAUGAUUCUAUUCCUUUCGUUGGAACUAUCAUCAGAGCAAUGCAGGUCAUCUAUGUAAAUAGGUUCUCAUCAUCAUCAAGGAAGCAUGCUGUCAAUGAAAUAAAGAGAAAGGCCUCUUGCGAUAAAUUUCCUCGACUUCUUUUAUUUCCUGAGGGAACUACAACCAAUGGGAAAGUCAUAAUUUCUUUCCAGCUGGGUGCAUUCAUCCCUGGUCACACAAUUCAACCGGUUAUUGUUCGUUAUCCCCAUGUACACUUUGAUCAAUCCUGGGGGCACAUUUCUUUGGCAAAACUCAUGUUUAGGAUGUUCACACAGUUCCAUAAUUUCAUGGAGGUUGAGUACCUUCCAGUCAUUUCCCCGCUUGAUCAUGAAAAAGAAAGUGCUGUCAGUUUUUCUGGGAGGACAAGCCAGGCUAUUGCAACUGCAUUAAAUGUUGUGCAGACAUCUCAUUCCUAUGGGGACUUGAUGCUUUUAGUGAAAGCUUCCGAGUCGAAACAGGAGAAUCCCUCAGCUUACAUGGUUGAAAUGGCUAGAGUUGAAUUGUUACAUCAUAUAAACAGUUUGGAAGCUGUAGAUUUUCUGGAUAAGUUUCUGGCCAUGAAUCCAGACCCCAGUGGUCGUGUUAACUAUCAUAAUUUUGUGGAGGUUUUAAGACUCGGUGCUUGUACUUUAUCUGAGGAGAUAUUUUCAUACAUUGAUGUCGAGAAAUGUGGUGGAAUAACAUUUAAGCAGUUCUUAUUUGGAUCAGCAAAUGUCUUGAACCAGCCAGUAUUCCGACAAGCUUGUGAAUUAGCCUUCGGUAGAUGUAUCGCUGCAGGAAGUGAUAGCAUUUCAGAGCAAGAACUAGGAGAUUCCAUCAGAUUAGCAAUUCCAGACUUGAAUGAGGAAAAGGCUCAUAAACUGUUCGAUUUGUUCGACAUUGAUAGCGAUGGAAAGAUCAGCAAGGACGAAUUUUUAGCCUGCCUGAGAAAGAAUCCAUUGCUGAUUGCACUUUUCUCACCUUGUUUGCUGCAGACAGAUCUAUCAGAAGAUAGUACAAGGUUACGAGAAGAGAUUGUUUAGUUGUAGCUUUUUCAUGCUUGCACCAUUUUGUUUGUGCAAUUGUUUUGCAGAGAGAGAGAGAGAGAAGGGUGGGUUUUAUUGAUGUUAAAGAGCAAUGUAUCAUAUUUAAUUAUUAAAAAAAAACAAAACGAAAAAAAAAAACAUGUACCAUUUUGUGCCUGUGUUUGGUGGGGAAAGAGAAGGGCUUUUAUUAGUAUUUAAGGGGCAUCAUAUAUUUUUUUCCUUCAUUGCCCCCAAAACGCUCGCGGAGUUGCAAUACAACUUUCAUCAGUACACUUGUGGGUAAAGUCUUUUAUUUUCAUAUGUUAUUCUUUAUAAAGUGAUCGCCUGGUUUUCUUUAA